GAAAUAUAACCGCGGCGACGUUUCCGCGGCGGCCGAGCCGUCGGCGAGCGAGCGCGUUGCUUCCUCACGGGAGAAAUUCAAUCCCCCGGCGCGGGUUUUUUUUUUUCAAGCCUCCCCGGGGAUGGAGCCGCCGGGCGGCUGCAGGGAGCAGGCGAAGCCCGCGGCUGGGCAGCUGCGGAGGGAAAACUAAGCAAAGGGGGACGCGAAGCCGGAGGAAGCGGGAGGCACCCUUAGGCGCCCGGCCCGGCCAGGAGCCGCGCGCAGGCAGCGCCGCGAUGGGCGAGCUCCCGGGACCUGUGCUAGAAAAGCUGCAGAUUUGCCCCAAAGUGGAGCCGGAGCGGGGGCCAGCGGCUCGGGCACCCGCCCGCCGGCUUUACGCGGCCCUGGUGGCGGGGGACCUCCCGAGCCUCCAGGUCCUCACCGACAAGUACUACGAGGACGUCAACCUGGUUUUUGAGAUCAGCCAAGACGAGCUGGAGUGGCAAGCGAAGAGUCGAGCGUCUUACGGGCUAUCAGGCCUGUGGUCGCUGGAGUACAAGCGGGAGCUGAGCACGCCGCUGUGCAUCGCCGCCGGCCGGGGCCACGCGGGCUGCCUGCGGCACCUCCUGCACCGGCGGGCCGCCCCCGACCUGGCGCCGGGGGGCUGGGGGGCCCUGCACGAGGCCUGCCGGGGGGGCCACGCCGCCUGCGCCGCCCUGCUGCUCGAGCACCGCGCCGACCCCCAGCUCCGCGCCCGCGACGGCCGGGCCCCGCUGCACCUCUGCGCCGCCCCGGGCACCCUGGGGUGCGCCCAGCUCCUGCUGAAACACGGCGCCGCGGUCGACCUGCCCGCCGAAGACUCGGGCGACACGGCGCUGCACGUCGCGGCCCGCCACGGCCUCUACGCGCACGCCCGGCUCUACCUGGCGCACGGCGCCCGGGCGGACCGGAGGAACGCGCUGCAGGAGACGCCGCUCGGCGUGCUCUGCGGGCGGGCGCCCGGGGACGGGGACGGGGACGAGGACGGCGGCCUGCAGCUCUGCCGGCUCCUGGUGCGGCACGGCGCCGACGUGGAGGCCCGCGACGAGGCCCGCCGCAGCCCGCUGCACAGGGCCUGCGGCCAGGCCAACCACCGCCUGGCCCGCUUCCUCCUGCGGCGCGGCGCCGACGCCAACGCCCUCGACUACGACGGCCUCUCGCCGCUGGGCUGCGUGCUGCGGGCGGCCGGCUGCAAGCAGGAGCUGCGGCCCCACCUCUGCGUGCAGCUGCUGCUCAACCACGGCUCCCAGAAGAUCUGGCCCGGCGCCUUUGUGAAGGUGCUCAAGUCCUGCGCGGCUGUGCCAGAGAUCAUCGAAAUCCUCUUCAACUCCUACUCGCAGAUCCCCGUGGCGGAGAAGUGGGCCGAGGCCGUGCCGGAGGAGGUGUUUCAGCGGCACCUGACGUUCUACGAGUCCCUUUUCCGGCUGUCGGGCACGGCGCGCUGCCUGCAACACCUCUGCCGCUUCGCUAUUCGGAAGGAGUUCGGCAGCAAGUGCCACCGCCUCAUCCCCUCGCUGCCGGUGCCCAGGCCCCUGCGCGACUACCUGCUGCUGGAGCCCGAAGGAGUGGUGCUCUGAGGGGCCGGGCCGGGCGCGUCGCGUCCAGCCGCGCGUCCUUCGCUCCGCUGGUCUUCCCCCAGUGCACCGCGGUAGCAUCCGUUUCGAUCGAGCAUCCGAGCGAAGGAGCAGCCGUUCCCAUGAUAGAUUGCUGUUUUCCCGGGAUUUAUAACGUGACUAAAGUGUGCUUUGAGCUGUAACUUUGUAUAGAUUUUUUUUUUCUAAUUGUGCCUUAAAUAGAUUAUAAAGAGUAAUAAAGUGAUUAGUAGCUUG